CGGAGCUGCCGCAGAUCCCUCUCUGCUGCCUGCCAUGGGGAACCACAGCCUCCUCGCCGCCCUCCUGGCCGCUGCCCUCGCCGCCCUCCUGCCUCUUCCCGCCGCCCCCUCGGCCCACCGCAAGCUCCUGGUAUUCCUGCUCGACGGCUUUCGCUUCGACUACAUCGAUGACAGCGAGCUGGAGGGUCUGCCGGGCUUUCGGGACAUUGUGAACAUGGGGGUGAAGGUGGAUUACAUGACCCCAGACUUCCCCAGCCUCUCCUACCCAAAUUACUACACGCUGAUGACAGGUCGCCACUGUGAGGUCCAUCAGAUGACUGGAAACUACAUGUGGGACCAGAAAGCAAAUGUAUCUUUUGAUAUUGGUGUGAAUAAAGAAAGCCUGAUGCCUCUCUGGUGGAAUGGAUCUGAGCCUUUGUGGGUCACAAUGAUGAAAGCGAAAAAGAACGUUUCCAUGUACUAUUGGCCAGGUUGUGAGGUCGAAAUCCUUGGAGUCAGACCAAGUUACUGCCGCGAAUACUUCAGUGUCCCAACAGACAAAAACUUUGCAGAUGCCAUCAUCGAUGCCCUCGAGUCCCUGUGCAACGGCAGUGCUGAGAUGGCCGCGGUGUACUACGAGCGCAUUGAUGUGGAAGGCCACCACUACGGCCCUUCGUCCCAGCAGAGGAAGGACGCUUUGAAGGAGGUGGACAAAGCCUUGAGCAACAUGAUCUCACUCAUCAAGAGAAAAGGCCUUCAGAAUGAAGUCAAUGUCCUCCUCUUCUCUGACCAUGGAAUGACAGACAUCUCCUGGGCAGACAAAGUGAUUGAGCUGAACAAAUAUAUCAAUAUGAGCGAUACCAUACAAAUGAAGGACCGAGGUCCUGUUGUGAGCCUCUGGCCGGUUCCGGAGAAGCACGCAGAGAUAUAUCAAAAAUUAAAAGCUGUGGAACACAUGGAUGUUUAUAACAUACAGGAUAUUCCAAACAGGUUUUUCUACAAAAAGGGAAGAUUUGUGUCUCCACUAACUCUCGUGGCUGAGGAAGGAUGGUUCAUAGCAGAGAGCAGGGACAAGCUGCCCUUCUGGGAAAAUGGGACAGGGAAGAAGGAGGCCUGGCAGAAUGGCUGGCACGGCUACGACAACGAGCUCAUGGACAUGAGAGGCUUCUUCCUUGCAUAUGGACCAGAUUUCCGAUCCAACUACCGAGCACCUCCCAUCAGAUCCGUGGAUGUUUACAACAUCAUGUGCAGCCUGGCAGGAAUACAGCCACUGCCCAACAAUGGCUCCUGGUCCAGGGUGGAGUGCAUGCUCCGAAACACAGCCCCCUUGGCACCACUCCCCCCGUGCAGCAGCUGUGCCCUGGCACUAGCUGUGCUCUCCCUGUUCGCCAAGCAGAUCUCCUUACUGUGAUCCCUGAACAAUGUCGGUCAGUGUCACCAGCAA